AAAGAAUGCGGAGGUGACUGCUGUUUACCUGUUGAUCCUGGUACGUGUAAAGGUUCCAUUUCCAGAUGGUACUUCGACUGUGAAAUAAAUGAGUGUAAAAAGUUCAUAUACGGAGGAUGUGAAGGAAACAACAAUAAUUUUGAAACGGAAGAAGCGUGUAGACGACAUUGCGAUGGACCAUGUCCGUGUCCUGAAGGAUUUCUGGGGCAAAUGUGUUGGUUGAAUUGUGACGUUUGUGAUGAACAUGCAUCAACGACGCCAAACUAUAUUUGUUGCGACGACGGUAGUUGCCCGGCACCAGCAUGUCUUGGAGGAGUAUACACGCCAGAAGGAUUUUGUGAGUUGGACUGCGAGUAUUACUCGCCAGGAGAUGUAGUAAACGAAGAUUGUGAAACAUGCGUUUGUAGAGAAGGGGAUUGGAUUUGUCGACCUGACCUGGCAUGCGGUGGACCAUGUCCUUGUCCAAUCGAUUUUGUACCGGAAGUGUGCUGGGUAUCGUGCGAUGAGUGUAUUGCAAAUCCUGAUCAGGAUUACCUUUGCUGUUCGGACAUUGAAAACUGCCCGCCUCCUUCAUGCCUGGGUGGACAUUAUAUUGAAGGUUACUGUGAAAAGAACUGUACUUACUACAAUCCAUUUGAAACGUAUGUCGAAAACUGUGAAAUAUGGUAAGCAGCAACAACGUCUACUCCACACAUGUAUUCCCCGCAGUGAGUGUAAAGUAACAAUAU